ACCACUUAGAUUUUGUCGAUAUAAAUAAAUUGUAUAUGUGACAAUAAGAAUAUAUACACAUUUGAUAGAUAUGUAUAUCAUAAUAUCACCAUCCUUCUCACUCAGUCUCUCUCUGAGCUAUGAAUGCUGAUUUAGCCCCGUAGUUGUUCCGCUUAACCCUCCUCCACAAGAAACACAUAACACAAUUCAAAUCACAUUUCUUCAUUUUAAACAAGUGGAUAGAUAAGAACCUCUUUAAUUCCUCUCCAAUUUUUCAGCAAAAAAUAUUAAGCCUAACCCCCUUUCACCACCAAACUCAACCUAAUCCUACUUCUAAAACUUUGUUUCUUUUCUCUCCCACACACGGUUUCUUCCUAAUCCUAACCCUUCCUCUCACUCUAAUUUGAUAUAUCAUCACAAUUCUUCAACAUUUUUUUCCUUUUUUCUUUCAUCUUUUCUUGAAAGAAAAAAAAAAAUUCUUGAUGGACUAUUGUUUAAGAGAAUUAGAAGGUAAACAAGCUAAUGAUCCUUUGUUCAUGAAAAAAAUGAACAACAAUAACAACCACAAAUCGUCAUCAACAACGCCUUCACAGGUCCAUGAACAAACACAACGCGUGUUUGUUCAUGGACCUGUGAUUGUUGGAGCCGGACCAUCAGGAUUAGCGGCAGCAGCAUGUCUUAAAGAAAAAAACAUUCCAUGUAUAAUCUUAGAAAGAUCUAAUUGCAUAGCAUCAUUAUGGCAACUCAAAACCUACGAUCGACUACGUCUUCAUCUCCCGAAACAAUUUUGUGAAUUACCCUUCAUGGAAUUUCCUUCAAAUUUCCCAACAUACCCUUCAAAGCAACAAUUCAUAAAGUACUUAGAAGAUUAUGCGGAAAGGUUUGGAAUUAGGCCGCGGUUUAACGAGACAGUGAAAAAUGCUGAAUUUGAUAGUAAAAUUGGCUGUUGGAAGUUGAAGAGUUUUAGUAGUAAAGGGGAUUUAACGACGGAAUAUGUUUGUCGGUGGUUGAUCGUUGCAACCGGAGAGAAUGCCGAGGCUGUUGUGCCUAAUAUUGAAGGUGUAGAUGAAUUUGAUGGAAUUAUAAGACAUACAAGUUUGUAUAAAAGUGGUGAAGAGUUUAGAGGGAAGAAAGUUUUAGUUGUUGGUUGUGGUAAUUCUGGUAUGGAAGUUUGUUUGGAUCUUUGUAACCAUGAUGCUACUCCUUCUCUUGUUGUUAGAGAUUCAGUACACGUUCUACCACGAGAGAUGCUAGGAAAAUCAACUUUUGGGUUGUCCAUGUGGUUACUUAAAUGGUUUCCAUUGAGACUUGUCGAUAGGUUUUUGCUCAUAGUGUCAUGGCUUAUGCUUGGUGACACUUCUCAACUUGGUUUGGAUCGUCCUAGUUUGGGUCCCCUUCAACUCAAAAACCUCUCCGGUAAAACUCCCGUCCUAGAUGUGGGUACCCUUGCCAAGAUUAAAGGUGGACACAUUAAGGUACGACCAAGCAUAAAGCGGUUAAAACGUCAUACAGUGGAAUUCAUAGAUGGAAGGUCAGAGAAUUUUGAUGGUAUCAUAUUGGCAACUGGUUACAAAAGCAAUGUACCCUAUUGGCUCAAGGAAGAGGAUAUGUUCUCUAAGAAAGAUGGAUUUCCUAUGAAGCCAUUUCCAAAUGGAUGGAAAGGUAAAAAUGGACUCUAUGCGGUAGGUUUUACAAAAAGGGGAUUAUUAGGUGCAUCUAUGGAUGCUAAAAGAAUAGCUAUUGACAUUGAAAGGUGUUUAGAAGCUGAAAAAUAAAAAAUUAUAUAAAGAGCAAUUUUUUGCUCCCUCAAUUUUGCCACAUAAAUUUGGUUUUUGCUAAGUGAGAUCAAGACACAAAAGAAAGGCAUUGAUCAUGAAAACAACUUAUCAUAAUCAUUGAUGUUUGGUCUUGGCUAACCCAAAAGACAUUCAUUCAUUCAUUUAUUCAUUGAGGAAUAUAUUGAUUUGAAGUUGGUUUGGUAUAUAAAUGAAUGGAAAGUGAGAUGUAUAUUUUUGGAGGGGCUAACUUUGCUAUAAAACAUGUGUGUACAAUGGCAUUGUACCAAAUUGGAUGAAGGAGUACUCCAAUAUUCUAUAUGCAUGGAGGAGAAAUGGGCAAAAAGUGAAAGGACAAUAUGUAAUGUAAUGUAAUAUUCAUCGGUUGGUUUGGGGUUGAUCAGAAGAUAUUGAAUUGAAGUUGAAGCAAGGAAAAAUAAUUGUAGUUUUUUUUCCUAAGCGGGGACCUCGUUGAAUUUACAUUCCAAUUCCAUGCGGUAUGGAUUUUGCAUUCACGCACUCAGGAGUUUAAUAGUUUCAUGAUCAAGAUCAGACAUUCUAAAAAUGCAGAUUUAAUUUUAAUUUUAUAAUUUGAAGUAUUGAACUUGAAUUUAAAAAGUCUAAUUUUGAUCGAACAUUUGUUGAAAUCUUAACCGUACGAAUGUGAAAAAUUCUUAAAGUUUGCCCGAACUUACUCUUCUCUCUAUAUAUAUGUACGUUUGUACAUAUUGCAUUUAUUUUUACCUAAUUAGUUUUUUGACUUAAAGAGAAGUGAUGGGAGACAGAGUGGGUUGUGGAAGAUGUUCUAUAUGGAUGGUAUGUGAUUGUGGUAUAUAACAUCUAAUAUUUCCUUUUAUUAUUUAUUUUUUGUUUGGUUU